CUAGCUCGCGGAGGGGUUUAUUGUUUCUCUCUGUCUCGAGCGGAAAAUCGUCUCCGACCUCUUCGAUUCCUGUCAGGAAUUUCAAUAAAAAUAAUAAAUAAACAGCGAAAAUGGCAGGAGGUAAAGCUGGCAAGGACAGUGGCAAAGCCAAGGCUAAAGCAGUGUCUCGCUCACAGAGGGCUGGUCUGCAGUUCCCAGUGGGCCGUAUCCACAGACACUUGAAGACUCGCACUACAAGCCACGGGCGUGUUGGGGCUACGGCAGCUGUGUACAGCGCUGCCAUCCUCGAAUACCUCACUGCUGAGGUUUUGGAGUUGGCAGGGAACGCCUCCAAAGACUUGAAGGUGAAGCGUAUCACUCCCCGUCACUUGCAGCUUGCCAUCCGUGGGGACGAGGAGCUGGACUCGCUUAUCAAAGCCACCAUUGCUGGAGGAGGUGUCAUUCCCCACAUCCACAAGUCCCUCAUUGGGAAGAAGGGCCAGCAGAAGACCGCAUAAAGAGCAGAGCAGAGUGGAGUCAAUGUGUCCCUCCUGCUGUUCUGUAUCAGGGACAGAUGCAGCUGAAGGACAGACUGGGAGUUUGUUUUCGUUUUUUUUGUUGGUGUUUUUUUUUAACGUAGUUAAACUUGGAAAGAAACAAAUUGUUAGAUUUUUGCGU